UCUUCCAAACAACUUUGAGCACCUUACCCAGACACACCCAGACACACCCAGGCACAGCAGCAACCAUGUUCCAGCAAGUUCCAACACUUCUCAAUCCCUGGCAUGUUCUAAUUGGGGCAGUCUUUUUAGCAUUUAGUUGAAAUCCAUCCAAACGGUUCAGCUUACAUUCACUCCUGCACACACCCUCCACAUCAGACAAAUUUUCAUUUCUUACUAGCCAUCACCCAUAAUGGCGUUUGGAAUCCCCCUCUUGGUGCUUUGUAGCGCUAUAAACGUCUUCUCCGGCGGAAAACUAGGCUAUUAUUUAAUUAUACUUGCUGCAUUUUUAGCUAUCAAAUCGCAAGAGGCUUCCAAAACCAAGAACUCGAGAUUAGAUGCCCCACAGUCUUCUGUUAACUCCAAGGAUGUCCUGAACAGUAAGGAGUCUCCUAUUUAUGCCGUGGACUUCACGUCAACUACAUUCACUCCUACCGAGUCUACCACCAUUCCAAAGGCCGUGCCUCUCAGAUCAAGAGCAAAGCGUUCUCCAAAAGUCAUUAAGGCAGCCAAGCCCAUCCCAAAUAACCUUGCCGAGGCUUCGUUGACCAAAUCGUCGGUGAACUUGCUUCAGUCGCAGGUUUACAUCUUCUACACCACUUUGACGGGUUCUUCUCAAAGAGUGGCCCAAGCAUUGCACACAAAAUUGACCAACCUCGAUGGUUUAGCCAACCCCCCAAAGAUGUUGAGUCUUGACGACGAUGUCGAUGAUCUCGAAGAGUUCUUCUUGAAAACCCCAAAGAAUGGCGACACCAAGAGCAUUUACUUGUUGGUGCUCCCAUCGUACGAAACGGAUUCCCCCAUCGAUUACUUCUUGGAGCACUUAUCAGAAACCUACAACGAUUUCAGAGUCGACAAGUAUCCUUUGAGAUCGCUUUUGGGCUUUGCCGUGUUAGGGCUUGGUGACUCUGAGUCUUGGAACGGAGAAAAGUUCUGUUACCAAGCCAAACUUGCUGACAGAUGGUUAGGCAAGCUUGGGGGAAGAAGAUUGUUUCCUUUAGGUGAAGUUUGCAUGAAGUUCGAAGGAGAACCAAAGGCUCAAGAUUGGAUUCAGUCUUUCGCCACAUUGUUGGCAGAUGACGAGCCAUUCUACUUGGAUAACGAUGACGAUAUCGACGACAGUGACAGAGAAGACGAAGAAGUAGACGAUGCCGAUACCCUUGUUGAUGUGGAAGACAUGGGUAACAUUAUCAGAAAGUCAGGCACAACCUCCAUUGGAAUGUCCGAGGCCAAGAAGAUGGUGGCCAAGGACUCUCCUACUUACAAAUCGUUAACGAAACAAGGCUACACCAUUGUGGGUUCCCACUCCGGUGUCAAGAUUUGCAGAUGGACUAAGAGUGCGUUGAGAGGAAGAGGUUCUUGUUACAAGUUUGCAUUCUACGGAAUCAAGUCUCAUUUGUGUAUGGAAACUACGCCCUCGUUGGCCUGUUCCAAUAAGUGUGUUUUCUGUUGGAGACACGGUACCAACCCAGUCGCCAAGCUGAACUGGAGAUGGGAAUUAGACCCUCCAGAAAAGGUUUUUGAAGGAGCUCUUGCAGGUCAUUACCAGAAAAUCAAGCAAAUGAGGGGUGUUCCAGGUAUUCAGAACGACAGAUUCCAAGAAGCUUUCCAAGUCAAGCACUGUGCCCUUUCGCUAGUUGGUGAGCCUAUCUUUUAUCCUCACAUCAACGAGUUUGUGGACUUGUUACACAAGCAACACAUCUCUUCAUUCUUGGUCUGUAACGCCCAGCACCCUGACAAUUUGGCCAAGUUGGCCAAGGUCACCCAGUUGUACGUCAGUAUUGAUGCUCCUACCAGAACAGAUUUGAAGAAAGUCGAUCGUCCUUUGAACAGUGAUUUCUGGGAGAGAUUGAUGGCCUGUUUGGACAUCUUGAGAACAACUCAGAGCCACCAACGUACAGUGUUCAGAUUGACAUUAGUCAAGGGAUUCAACAUGAAUGAUAUUGCUAGUUAUGCUGAUAUGGUCAUCCAAGCUCAGCCCUCCCAAAUCGAAGUGAAGGGAGCAACCUUCUGCGGUUCUUCCAAUGGCAAUGGCAACCCAUUGACCAUGCAAAACAUCCCAUUCUAUGAGGAAUGUAAACUGUUUGUUGUUUCACUUGUCGAAGAAUUGAACUCAAGGGGCCAUUCUUAUGAGGUUGCUGCCGAACAUGCCCAUUCUUGUUGUAUUUUGAUUGCUCACACCAAGUUCAAGAUCAACGGAAAGUGGCACACUCACAUUGACUACCCUAAAUUCUUCCAAUUAUUGGAAAGUGGAGAAGAAUUCAAUGAUUUGGAUUACGUCAAAGAAACUCCCGAAUGGGCAGUGUGGGGCUCGGAGGAGGCCGGAUUCAACCCUGAUGAUACCAGGUACGAUAGAAAGGCCGAAAAGUUGAGGAAAAAGUUGGAAAGGGAAGAUUUGAGUAGGAAGAUCCAGGCAUCCAAAUAGGGGAAUUGAAUUGCUUCAUUUGAAGCGAUGUCCACGCUUGAUAAUGAUUCAAUUAGCAGUCUUUGCUCAUUUACUCGUUAGAGUUAUUUAGGUACAUUAUAUACGGGUUUGUAUUAUACGUUUCGAGAAUAGAUCGUAUGGUAGUUCUGUCCAAAAUUUGCACCCAAAGUGAGACAGCA